UGUAUAUAUUGCAGGAAGUGAUUGCAUUGAGUAAUAUUAUUUUAUAAAAUUUCAAUAUGGCUCUUCCAAAAAUUGUACAACCAGGUUUAAAAUUAUUUGAAAUUUGCCCAAAAGUUUUAACUGUACCUUCACGAAGAACUAAAUAUUACUCUAUUACCACUACAUCGAAAGACUCAUUUACUGAACGCUCAUUACAAAAAGCGUUCUUCUUUGAGAUAAUUCGUGCUGGUGGAGUUGCAUUAUCUCAUUUCUUCAGUGAACCUGCAACAAUAAAUUAUCCUUUUGAAAAAGGCCCAUUAAGUCCAAGGUUUAGAGGUGAACAUGCAUUAAGAAGAUAUCCUUCGGGUGAAGAAAGAUGUAUUGCAUGUAAAUUAUGCGAAGCAAUUUGUCCAGCUCAAGCAAUCACAAUUGAAGCAGAAGAACGAGCUGAUGGAUCUCGUCGUACAACAAGAUAUGAUAUAGAUAUGACAAAAUGUAUAUAUUGUGGAUUUUGCCAGGAAGCUUGCCCAGUGGACGCAAUCGUGGAGGGUCCAAACUUCGAAUUUUCAACAGAAACACACGAAGAAUUGCUAUACAAUAAAGAAAAGUUAUUGAAUAAUGGAGACAGGUGGGAAUCAGAAAUCGCUAGCAAUAUCCAUGCAGAUUAUCUAUAUCGUUAAACAGAUUAUCUAUAUCGUAAUAGUAAAAUGUAGUAAAAUAUUAUGACUGUAAUACAUUAU